AUGGAGCUGACUUUCUUGAUUAGUCGCGAUGGAAAAAAUGCCAAGAGGGGACAUGCACGGCGUGCGUGUAACUCUUGUCGUCACAAAAAGAAACGGUGUUAUCACAAUACCUCCCCGGAGCAAGUAGAUGAUGUGACUUGUUCACCCAUCUUCUCUGGUCUCGCAGAUAGCCGACAUCCUGCACCUCAAGCUUCAAGGCGGGAUCGAGCAGUCCGAAAUAGAUCUGCAUCUCCCCGAUGUGAGCGAUCAGGUGUUCCCUCACUCCAGAAUCCGGUGGAACAAGAGGCCGAAUCCUUCAUUGGCCCUAAUGCAGAUACACCUGCAGAGGCCGAUCAAGAAUCUCGUCGUUUUGCGUGUGAUUCAAACCCUAUAGCGACUCUCAUGGAACAGAACGAGUCAAGGUUGCAGGGCGGUCGAUCCCAGAAAGGAGAUGUAGGUGCAUGGUUGGGCACCGAUGAGAGUUCCAUUGAUCGGGGCGAGACCCCUGACUCUUCACAAAUAUUGCUAGGGACCCAUGUUCACCCCGGCUGCCUGCCUUCGAAAGACUGCCAACAGGCUUUGAUCGACAUAUACUUUCGUCGGAUACAUCCAUUACUGCCUUUACUUGAUGAGGAUAACGUGCGAAGCCAACACAGAGCGGGAACUCUCGCUGCGCGACUACUGCAGGUGAUGUGUCUUGUCGCAGCGAAGGACCGGGGUGCGGUGCCUUUCCUACGCCUUGGUCCGGAUUCAAAUCCCCUCCCACUGGAGAAAUUUAGCAACAUUCUGUACACUGAUGCUAUGCAAAACAUCUCGAGAAGGCCUGAGAAAAAAGUACUUGCAAUACAAAUAUUGGCGCUUUUGUCACUGCACGAAUGGGGCUCCACUGGAUCCGAGGAUUGUUCUUUGAAUCUGGCCCAGGCUAUCCACCAUGCCCAGACCAUGGGGUUGCAUUUGCUGAGGCCAGACCAACAUUCUGAUACAUCUUCCAGGAAUCUUUUCUGGUGUCUGUGGAGUCUAGACCGAUGGAACGCUGCUAUGAAUGGGAGGCCUUUAAUGAUACACGACGGAGACAGAAGCCAUGGGGUGGACGACGUUAUUUCAACGUUCCGAUCGCCGUUUCGUGUCUGGCUUCGAAUUGCCGAUAAGCUGGGAGAAGUGAUUCACUUCUACCGACCGAUCAUAAAAAGCGUGGAUCAAAGUGAACUCGAUCUUCCCUCCUUUGAAGACCUUGUGGAGCACUGUGAGGCCUGGGACAUGGCUCCAGACCUGCUUGAGUCCUUGGAGCUUGUUUAUCAUUCUGUGAUUAUUCUGUCAACACAUUCCAGCGGGUUGCAAGGCCGAUCACAGCCAAGAGUGUCAAAAAUCCGACAAGGUCAUUCAAUUCUUACCAUCGCGUCGCUAAGUUUCAAUCAGGAUAUUCGGAAUCUAGUGCCGUUUCCCAUGAUCGGUUACACCGUCUCGCUCGCCUUUUCAGUCACGUACAAACAACUCAGAGAAAGCAAACUGACAAGUGCGCGCCGCACAGCCAUUUCCCAGAUCCGUUUAUUUCAUCAAUUUCUCAAGGAAAUGAGGACUACGUGGUGGUCGGCCGCUGUGAUGACUCGUCUAGGCCAGCGUGUGUUGAGCAACAUUCAACCCACUGUAGACCAGGAACGUUCCACAGGCCCAGAAAUCGAUAUCACCCGACUAAACUCUGCACAUGAAUCGACUCAUAUAUCUCCACGGCAACUUGCUUCCACUGAGGAUAUGCAGUCGCACUCGGCUGCCGACAUCCCGAAUGUGGGGAGACGGAUUAAUGCAGGAUCUCCGAGCACACACCCUCUGGCCGGUCAUCAACUGGGACCGGACCAACCUUUGAAUCUCGAAGUAGACAGCAUGCCAUUCUUAACAGCAACUGAAAUUGAGGAUUUCGAUACUUUUUUCGGCAAUUUCCUUGAUCUCGGUUUCAAGUCUUGUAGGAAAUAUCAAACUCAUGAGAUGUGA